AAAUGUGGAAUUGGAUCUAAAGAAUGAUAAGGAGUUCACCCAUGUCCAAUGCCCAGGCUCAGCAGCCACUCUGUCCAGAGUUGGACCAGCACCCUAGCGUGGACCCUGAGCACUGUGGGAAAGGCAUUAGCACCCAGGGGCCACGACACAGUUUGCUGGAAGGAAACUUGGGUACAUCUGUAAGGAGAGGAAUAGGAUGGACCUGAGGAGAAGCAGUACAGGAGGGCAUUAUGGAUCCUUUGGAACCAAGGACUGGAAUGCACAUGUAAGACCUCUACCAACUGAGGGUUUCACGAGCACACUCCUUUGCCAAAAUCUUGGUGAAUAGCCUUUCACUGUACAAUUGUGUCUUAGACAUUGUGUUACUUGUUGUCAUGAUCGUGCUUGGCUGGAUGCUUUUUGUCUCACUUGCAUGUUACAUGGGCACAUUUCCGGAGUUCAUGCCUCCAGCUCUGAAGUGGAAAGAGAAGUGGCCUAUUCAGUAAAUCAAGGCAUGACUGAGGAGUUGGACUUUGGAUGAAGAACCACAACUAUAAGGGUUCAGGAUACUUAUAUCCCCCAGGAGGGACCCUGGUGGAAAUAAGCAAAGUUGAUCCUAAAGUAAUGCAGCUCUGAAGCUCACCUGACCAACUGUACAGUUCCCAUUGUUGCAAAUCAUUUUGUCACAUUUUAUGUAAAAAGUUAACAAACAUUAAAAAAAAGUGGUAAGGAAAAUCAGAUACCUAGAUUUUGGAGUAAGCACUGAAAUGGUGACUUGGCAGAGAUAGAGGGUGUUAAAUGUGGAGCCAAGAUGAGAUAGAACCUGUGGAACAGCGGCAUCCAUGCCAAGGAUGCCUAAGCACUACAGAGAUAGCAGAAAGAGGAGGAAAAUGGGCAUUUUUGAACAUCAGCUAUGGGCAGCACCAUACUAGGUUCUUUACAUACGUUAUUUUAUUUGAUCUUCACAAUCCAGUGAGGUCAUUAGUGGUGUCCCACCUCCCAGAGGAAGAAACAGACUCUUGGAAAACAAGUACUUUGUCCAAGGUCACACCUGGGACUCAUACUCAGACCUUUCUGACUUGAAAAUGCGUGCGUUUUCCUCAGCACAAUGUACUUCAGAAAGGUAUGUAUCCAACCAGAACACUGUCAAGGAAUCCAAAGCAGGUGUGAGGUUUAAGAAAGAAGUGGUAACUACGUUUCUGAGAACCAGGUAUUUAUCCUCUGUUGAAAAAAAGGCUAUGGCUUUGGCAACUAGGUAGGUGACCUUCAAGAAAUCAGUUUUGUUAGAAUGAUAGGCAUUGAGACCAGAUUGCAAGGGUUGCUGUAGUAGACAGUUGUAGCAUAUGUUGACCGUUCUUUUCAUAUGGUAGCCAGAAGAGGAAAGGGAAGCAACUAUAACCUGAUAUGACAUGGUAAAUCUUCAGAAAACUUCUCAGGAUAGUGGAGGCUUGGGCAUGUUGGUGGCAGGGGGCAAGGAGAUGUUAGACAGGCAGAAUUGGGAAUACUAAAAAGAUACAGGGUAAUUGACAGGAUACAACCCAUGAAGAAACUGGGAAUGUCAUCAAAGGCAAAUUUGCCUAUUAGUUUUUCUUCUCUAAACCCUGUCACCCACCUCUCUUUCCCACUUUUUCCUCCACAUGUUUCUCUCUCCUUGCCUUGAAUGUGAGUAAUAUUUGCUAACAUUCUGCUUCUGUACAAAAGUGAAUGAACCAAACCUUAUAUAUUUCUUCUUCCAAAACCCAUAUGGGUAUUAUUGCUCCAUUACUUGCUCUGAUUGUUAUCCCCCUCCACCACAGGUCAGUGAUCUUCCCUAGGAGAAUUAAUUUAAGGCAGCUUUUCUAAGCUUGACGUAAAUACAGCCACUAUGUUUAAUUCUGGUGACUAACUUUUUUUUCAUAUUCAUGAUUUUUACCUUCCCUUUCUUCUCAUCUUUCAUGAUCCACAAAUCAUUCCUGGGGACUUAUACGUGUACUUCAUUCUCACACACACACACACACACACACACACACACACACACACACAGACAUGUUUCCAAAUGAAAAUAAGAGGCUUUCCCUUCACCCAGACAUUUUUGUUUGGACAAUGUGUAAGCAGUAGUAAACCUGGAAAGGUGCCUACAGUAAGUGAGGUGAAUUUGAAACUGUUUUCUUACCAAAACAUAAUCUCCUUCAGCCAAGGACAGUGUCUAGAUGACUUUUGUCUCCUUAGUGCCAAGCACUCGACAUCUCAAUCUGGCACUUAUUAAGUAAAGUACUCAGUGAGUAUUUGUAGAAUAAAGCAAAUGAAUGGAGGGAUAGGAAAGACUUGGAUAAAUUAUUAUUGAUGUUAUGUACUUAAACACAGAAUUGGUAGCACUGGUAAAAUUGCAUUGCACAGGAAAAACAAAAUAGUUGCUUACGAUUAUGGGUGAAAGGAAGGACAGUGACCCUGUGUCUCUGUAAUGAUUCAUAUUUUCCAGGGUGGGUAGUCUGA